AUGGUAUUCCGUCUUUUCGUGCCGCCUGGGGAAGAACAGCACAGGCUCGUCCCUAAACGGCCAGAUCCUCUCGGUGCCAACGCAACGCUGCAGUACUCGGUCCUCGGCUCGACUGUCGCCGCCGCCGCGUACACAUCCCUCGCUACCCGGUAUGGGCACCGGGCAGCGCCAGCCUAUGCUGCUCCCAGGCCGGCGCUUCUGAUAAGAUCGUCGGCGAAAUUGGGCUUGUGGGCAGGCGUGCUGGGCGCCACGGCGAACUGGUACUACCAUUCCCGUUUCACGUCGCUCGUGCUGUCGCAGAAGAACGAUGCAGUGAAGCCGUGGAAGCUGUACGAACGCACAGAGAGUCUUGGCGUGGAUGACGGCUGUCUUGUUGGCGCGGGCGUGGGACUCGCCGCCUCCGUUCCCACCCUCUUUAUGCGCCGCCUGCUAGUGAUACCGCGGUGGACAUGCUGCUUGGGUCUGGCCAACAUUGGGGCCUGCGCCGGCAUUGUCGGUGUGUAUGGGUACCUGCAGUACACUGGUGAGCGACAGAAGGCUCGUGUGCGUCUGGAGCGACAACUGAAGAGACGCACGCUUGAGUUCUGGGACCUGUUCUGGGACAAGAAGACGAUGGCACAAUUCAAUCCAUUGAUCCAGUUGUACAUCCGUCACAAUGCUUUUUGGUAUUCGCAGCAGUCUCCAGACACUGCCUCUGAGCACGCUGAAGAGCACGCGUCUGACGCCCCCGACCUCCGAGAGUCGAAUGUGUACGUGAGCACGUCGGACGAUAACUCCGUACACGAGGACCAGUCAUACUACAUCCCACCAUUCGACUACGCGGAUGACCUGAAGCAUAUCGGCGUGGAAGCUACGUAUGCAAAGAUCGAGGAGCACGAGGUGGAGAUUGCAGCGCUGCUCAAGGAAGCCGAGUUCAUACUUUUCAUCAGCGCGCGCAGGCAAUACGAAUACUGCCACCUCAAGGACGCGGACGACGAGGAGCGCAGACAGCGUCUUGAGGAAUUGCAGCUUUUGCAAAUCACCUACAACAAGAUCCGCAGCGCCGCAGAGCAGCUCCAGUCAAGACUCAUCAACUGGCGCAUGUCGCUGCAACACAAGGCUAUCCUAGAUGCGUCUACACCAGCCGACAGCUCCCUCGCCGCCUGGCUGCCCAAGACCGCGCACGAUUUCUCAAAGCACAACCCUGCGCUUUCACUUCAGGAGUUGGAACGGACGCAGGCGGCCAUCGAUGCGGAAGUCAGGAGUUUCGAGGCCGGCAUUGCCUACCCUGGAUAUGCAAAGGCCAAGAAAGACCGCUGGAGACUGGAUCUCGAGGACGGCCGAUCGCUGUUGCGCGUGGCCGACAAGCUGGUGUGGGAAUUGGAGAAGAUGCAAGACGCAGCGCGCAAGGAAAGCACGCGAAAGAUGGAAGCAGCAGAGACGUCGCGGGGGGUUGGAACGGCUACUCCAAAGCCGUCUAGCGAGAGCCUGGAGCCUGGCAAAUCAUGA